AUGCCGGGCUUUGACUUCUCCAAUUACAACCGCAACCGCGCUCUCCACGCAAAGGGAGUUCCGCUUCCCAAGGCUACAAGCACCGGUACAACGAUCGUGGGAUGCAUAUUUGAUGGAGGAGUUGUGAUCGCUGCUGAUACCAGAGCUACCAGCGGACCAAUUGUUGCAGACAAGAACUGUGAGAAAAUCCAUUACAUAGCGCCGUCUAUAUGGUGUGCUGGAGCCGGUACUGCAGCAGACACCGAAUUCACGACCAACCUGAUCAGCUCGAACAUCGAACUUCAUUCCCUCUCUACUGGCCGCGCUCCCCGCGUUGCAACAUGCAUGACCAUGCUUAAACAGCACCUAUUCCGCUACCAAGGCCACAUAGGUGCAUAUCUAGUCGUGGCCGGUGUUGAUCCCACCGGAACACAUCUCUUUACUGUACAUGCCCACGGCUCAACCGAUAAACUCCCAUACGUGACCAUGGGUUCCGGUUCACUUGCCGCCAUGUCCGUCUUUGAAUCGAUGUGGAAACCUUCUCUAACAAAAGAAGAGGCUAUCAAACUUACAUCUGAUGCGAUUCAGGCCGGUAUCUGGAACGAUUUGGGCUCCGGAAGUAACGUUGACGUCUGUGUGAUGGAGAAGGAUAAGCCUACCAAGGUUAUGAGGAACUACCUUACGCCAAAUGAGAGAGGUGAGAAGGAGAGAAGUUAUAAAUUCCAGAGAGGAACAACGGCAUGGUUGGAUCAGCAGGUCAUUACAAAGGCAGACCUGGCACGAUAUGUAACCGUCGAGGAGUUGAGUGGAGAGGAAGCAGUGGCUGAAAGAAUGGACGUCGAUGUCUAA